AUGUCUGCUCGACUCUCGAAGGUGGAUUUGCGUCGUGAUGUCGACUAUUUGAAGUCAGUCGUGAGCUUCGCGGUCUUUGCUCCAGAACACAACGGCGAAGAUCUCAUUACGAAUCCGAUGUGCACGCAACUGAUAUAUUCAGAAUUUCAGCUGGAAUUUCCACGAUUCGGUCGACGACGAUGUAAGAAGAUCACAAUGUCAAACGUCUCCCAAAGAAAAAUUCUUUGGAAACUGCGGUCCAAUAUUGCCCAUUUUCUUUUGGCAACACCAACAGCUGGUAUAUUAGAGGCCGGACAACACGACUAUGUAAAAGUGACCAUGAACGACAACUGCAUAGAAAAUGGAAAGGUACUGUAA